GCUUGUUCUUUCAGUAAUAAUUUAAUUAAUAUGUGAUUCAUAAGAACAAUAUGCUUACUUCGUUACAUGGUAUCAAAACUUCUUCCGUAUGCUUCAUAUUCAGUUUGAUAAUAUUUUCAGUGAUAUCUAAAAUCCUUUUUGAUCAUGUUUAUGCAGUUUCCAAGUCAAUUGUUGAUGAGAAAUUUCAUAUUCCUCUGGGAAUGUCCUAUUGUAAAUUCAACUUUUAUGAGUGGGACCCAAAAGUAACUACACUUCCAGGUCUCUACAUGAUAUCUUCUUUGAUACUUGGGCCACUGAAACUAUGUUCAACCUAUUGGUUAAGGUUCACGUCACUUGGAGCAUCUUUGGUGAAUAUGGUUCUCUUUUAUGUACUUUUCAAAAAAUAUGAGAAGAAUGAGUGGAGCAAUAUACUUUCAGCUUUGACCAUGGCACUUAUCCCACCAGUAUACUUUUUCAGCUUAGUAUAUUACACUGAUAUUGUGUCUCUCACCAUGAUUUUGGUCAUGAUUGUUGCAUAUGAGAAGAACUGUCACUUUCUUGCUUCCAUAUUUGGAUUUGCCUCUGUUCUUUGUAGACAGAAUAACAUUAUUUGGGUAGGGUUAGUAGGUGGCAGAUAUGUAUUGACAAACUUACACUCCAUCAUAAUGGAGAAAUCUACCAGGAAGUAUGUAUCUGAAGGUACUGAAAGGAUAGAAAGAUUCACUCAUACACAGACUCCCUGGAGUUCAGUUAUGCAGCUAGUAUGUCAACCAAAAAUGUUAUUGGAUUUACCUCUGAAGUUUUGGCUCAAUACAUCAUCAUAUGGAGCAGUUUUACUAUCUUUCAUGAUAUUUCUGAUAAUAAAUGGUAGUAUUGUUGUAGGUGAUAAAACAGCACAUGAAGCAACAAUUCAUAUACCACAACUAUUUUACUUCUCUCUAUUUUCUAUGAUAUUUGCAUGGCCUCAUUUUGUGGGUGAAGUGAUUAAUUUCACAAAAUUUGCUAGAAGACAUAAACUCAUGUUGAUUAUUUCUCUGUUACUUGGUAUAAUCAUUGUACUUAAAAAUACUAUUGCUCAUCCAUACAUGUUAGCAGAUAACAGACACUAUUCCUUUUAUGUGUGGAACAGGUUUUAUGGAAAAUAUGCUUUUUUUCGAUUUGCCAUGAUUCCUGUUUAUAUUUUUGCAUGGUAUGUUAUCAUUAAAACAUUAUAUAAUAAAAAUGAUGCUACCUAUAUCUUACUAUACCUACCAUGUGUUAUUGUUGUACUUAUCACACAAAAAUUGAUUGAUUUUCGGUAUUAUUUUGUACCAUAUAUACUAUUCAGAUUGAGAGUAAAAAACAAUACUAAUUCUGUCUUCAAUUUGACACUUGAAUUUGUUACUUACUUGUUGGUGAAUGCCAUAACAUUCAAUCUAUUUUUCACUAAAACUAUAACUUGGCAUGAUUUUCCUGACCCACAAAGAUUGAUUUGGUAGAUAUCUUGUUCUAGCAUUUAUUUGUUAUUUUUCUUGUUGCAUUUUAUUGUUACUGUAGAAUGGUUAUUUUUUAAUAAUAACUCAAUUUAUGUAUGUACAUUUUGUAGUUACCAAUCCAGAUGAAAGGAAAUAGAAAUGUUUUCUAUAUGUGAUAAUUGUGGUAUUAAAGAAAUUCAGAGAGUGACAGUUAAAUGGUUUUGAUAUACAACCAAAAUAUUACUUUUGGUUUUCAUACCUUCAUGAAAAUGUACCUACUCCAAAUUGAUUAAAUAUGAAGAAGUGUGAUGUCUAGGGUUGUAAAAACUGUCCUAUUGUGAAGACUGUUAUGUAAUAAUAAUCAUCAAGUGAUUUAAGUUUAAUUCAUAUUACUUAUUCAGACUAUGAGAAAUUGUAUCAAUAAAGUUUUUCAAUGAAU